AUGGAAACUCCUACCAAUUCACCCAAUUUGCAAUUUGGAGCGUUGGUUCUAACUCAAGCUUUGAAUCAAAACUCAAUGUUGUCGGUGGCUGAUAACCCUCCUACUAUUAAAGAGGGUGAGGUAGAUGAUGUUACCGCCUUCACUACUGUUGAAGCUUGGGAACAUUCUGAUUUCUUGUGCCGAAAUUACAUCUUAAAUGGGUUAUCGGAUGCAUUGUAUGAAGUAUAUAGUGUCAAAAAGACAGCUAAGAAAUUAUCGACGUCAUUGGGCCAUAAAUACAAACCCGAAGAUGUUGGAGCUAAAAAGUUUUUAGUUGCGAAAUUCUUGAAUUUUGUAAUGGUUGAUUCUAAACUACUUGUGAAUCAAGUGCAGGAACUUCAACUGAUCAUUCAUGGAAUUUUUGCUGAAGGGAUGGUCAUAAGUGAAUCAUUCCAAGUGGCAGUCAUUAUUCAGAAGUUACCCCCUGCUUGGAAUAACUUCAAGAACUACCUAAAGCACACAAAAAAGGAAAUGUCAGUAGAAGACCUGAGUGUCAGACUUCAAAUUGAAGAAAACAAUAGAGGUACUGGCAAAAACCUCAGCAAAGCAGUAAAUGUUAAUGGUGCUAAGACAAAUAUGAUAGGGCACAAGUCAUCUAACUGUAAGCUUCCAAAGAAAGUUAGAGCUAAUGAGGCCAAUGUUGUGGAAGAAAUUUCUAAUGAACUGUCUGAUCUAGAUUUAUGUGUUGUGAUUUUUGAAAUCAAUAUGGUUGAAUCAAAUACAAGAGAAUGGCAACUUGAUACUAGUGCCAUACAUCAUAUCUGCUGUAACAAAGACUCCUGUUCUGAGUUAGUGCCUUGUGACAAAAGGGAGAAACUCUAUAUAAGCAAUGUUGAGACUUCAAAGAUCAAGGGGAAAAGUACUGUGGUCUUGAAGAUGACUUAUGGUAAAGAACUCAAGUUUCAAAAUGUGUUGUAUGUGCCUGACAUAUGUAAGAACCUUGUUUCUGGGACAUUCUUAAGUGUACACGACUUUAAGAUGGUGUUUGAAUCCCAGAAGCUAAUUUUGUCUAAAGGGGGAACUUUUGUGGGAAGAGGAUAUAUAUUAAAUGAUAUGUGA